CAGUAGCAAAUAUAGUGCAAUUGGUUUAAAGAGGUACAAUUUAUGUUGACAUUUAAAGUGCGUUUUAUAUGUCAAUAUAAUUGCAGUUGUUUUGUGAGUAAAUCUGGAUAAACCAGAGAUUUAUGCGCAUCUAUAGGGUACACGUGACUAGGACAAGACCAUGUCGGAGGUAGGCAAACAAAGACGGAUAAUCGGGGGUUUUCGAAUUGUGGUUGCGUUGCUAGUGGUUGUGAUUGUCGCCCUUGCUAUAGCAUUUGGCGUGGUGGUGUCGCGCCUACAUAAACAGCUAAGUUCUGUCCCAGGGGCCUGUCCAUCCUCUGGAAAUAUUGACCUAGAACCCCCGAGUGACCUUCCGCCCUUCCACGACCUCACUAGAGAAGAAAUAAAGGCCGUGAGGAAUUUUCUAUACCGUCAAAAGGACCUUAAUCUCGUGCGACCAUCAGAAAUUACUGUGAACUCGAGUUACGUUUUCUCGUUUGAGCUCCAUAUACCGAACAAGCAAGUGACCACUGAUUACCUGGACAAUGGGAGGGCACGGCCGGACCGGGAGGCUCGCGUGGUGGUGUUUCGUGGAGACCUCCCUGACCCUACCUCAGAAGAAUACACCGUCGGGCCCCUGCCCGAUCCCGUGUAUUUUAAAGACAAGGUCACAUUGCCUUUCCGCUACCGGCCUCUCACUGGUCCGGAAAUAGUUGCGGCCAUCGUUAUGUUAAACGCGGAAGUUGGCGGGAAAAUGAACGACAUAUUAAUGGAAUGUUACGGCGGACGAAUUGAGGACUGCAGUGACAACUGUCUUGAGUUCCAGAUGGUGACGCCAAUGGCUUCAGGGUCAACGGGAGAAGAGUUUAGACGAAAGAUGUGGUUUUGGCUUGGGCCGACUGUCGAAUACUUUCCCCUGCAUGCCUUGGACUUUCUUGUUCGAGUCGAUCUGACCAGUAGCAAGACAAGUGAUUACUACAUUGACCAAAUAUACCAUGCAAACCAGUCGUUUUAUAGUGUAGAUGAACUUGUCCGCUCGUAUGACGCCGGUGAUUUUGUCAAAACCAGCAUUAAAUACGCAAAUACAGAUCGAAAUCUAUUUUCAUCAAUGAACCGACGUGGCACGUUGUUCCCCACCGAGCCACUGAGUCCUCCUUUACAGUACGAGCCUGAUGGUAAGCGGUAUUCCAUAGAGGGGCGGCAUGUUAACUACAUGGGUUGGGAUUUCGAUGUUAGGAUGUCCACCUUAUCUGGACCACAGCUGUGGAACAUCAAAUACAAUGACAAUCGUAUCGUGUAUGAACUCAGUCUGCAGGAAAUCGCCGUGUUCUAUUCAGCAUUUAGUCCUGGUAUGCGGUUCGCAGAUUAUGUGGACAGUGUGGCGCAAAUCGGAACGCGGGCGCGGUCCCUGGUGGCGGGCGCGGAUUGUCCCGCCCACUCCACGUUCCUGAGUGCAUAUCACGUGAUUGAGUCCCAGGAAGACCCGAUGGUUGUUGACCGUGCGUUCUGUGUGUUUGAGCUUAACACUGGUAUGCCGCUCCGCCGUCACUUGACCAGCUCAGGGAAGAACAAAUUCUACGAAGGCAUGAUGGACAUUGUGCUAACGGUCAGGACGAUCGCCACGGUAGCUAACUACGACUAUAUAUUUGACUUUGUUUUCCACCAAAACGGGGCUCUAGAAGUGAAGGCUACUUCUACAGGGUAUAUUCUUACGUCAUUUCGAUUUCCUUCGGAGGACGAGUACGGCUUCCGCUUAAAGGAUCACCUGACCGGAAACAUUCACCACCACAUGUUUCACUACAAGGUAGACAUGGACAUCAACGGGCGUGAGAACAGGUUUGAAACCAUCGAGAUAGUUCCAACUGAAGUGGACAACAGUCAGUGGUCAAAGGAGAAGGACGCCAAGUACUCUCAGACGAAGAUUGUCCGCAAGACCAUGGGCUACGAGAAAACGGCGGUCAUCGACUACAAGUUCUCCACCCCAAAAUACCUGACGUUUUACAACAAGGACACCGUGAACAGUCUCGGCGUACCCAAGGCGUACAGGCUACUUAUGAGGGGCAUGUCGAAACAGUUGAUAAAGGAGGGGAGCGGGCAAGAGCCGUCGAUCCCAUGGGCGCGUCACCAGCUGGCUGUCACCAAGUACAAGGAAGACGAGCGGAAGUCAAGCUCCAUCUACGCGUGCUGGGACGCCAACCACCCCGUCGUCAACUUCCAGAGCUUCAUCGACGACAAUGACGUCAUUAAGGACGUGGACCAAGUAACAUGGGUCACGAUGGGCGUCCAUCACAUCCCCCACACGGAGGACCUGCCGGUAACGCCCACGGUCGGGCUCGACCUCCGCUUUCUGCUGCUGCCCUUCAACUACUUCCAGGAGGACCCAGCCAUGGGCUCCGGGGACGCCGUCAGGAUCGAGCCAAACAAUCAGGAGCACGCAUCACAAGGCCUGCACGUGGAGCGCUAUGGGCGGCCGGAGAAUCCCCAAUGCCGCCCCGCAAAGUCGUCGUUCUAUCAAAAGAUUGAGAAUAAGCCGGAAAGCCUUUUUGACCUCGAGGAGAUGGGCGGAAUAUGAGAAGAAACCUAUUUUAAUAGGAAGUUAAAAAAUGGCGUGAACAAAUGCCAUUUAUAAUCGAUUUCACAUUUGUCACAAAUAUUAUUUAAUUUGAAAUCAAUAAAAAAGUAUUGUUAUAAAUCACAUUUAAAGUGACACUCUUCAAAAUCAAUACAUACAAUGCAUGUAUAACAAACAUACACUUUGAGUGGUUAACCUUAAACUUCUUACUAAAUAAUGCAUUAAGGGAAACUAAUUAUUACUGAUAAUGAGAUUGUAACCGUGUAUCUAAAACACAAAACGCAAAACUUUUUAAAUGAUUGACGGAAGUGCACCUUUAAGGUUAUCCCCACAAACGUUAACCCUUCAUCUGUGUUCGAUUUUAUAACAAUAUAGCAACUAUGCCAGAAAUUGGAAAUCAACACAAUUAAAAUUGAGGCAAGUGCAAUAUUUUUUCCUAUAUAUAAACAACGUCUGCAUGGUAGUUCAAAACCGCACUAUUUAAAUUAUAUAUUUUGUUCAUGCAAGUUAACAUGUGCAACUCGUGUUAUCUAUGCAUUGUUCUGAUAAAUAAGCACACUGCAUGAUUUAAUUUCUUAGCCAAUUUAGUAAACUAUUUAUUGCGCAUAAAGCAGUAGGAAAGCAUAUUUUGUGGCCAAGAUUAAUAGAUGUGCUUUUUGUACAAAUUAAUUUGUUUCUGUGUUCAUCUAUGAAGCAUAAUAUAUCGCCCUCAUUUUCGUCGUGCAUCGCCACAUUCAUGUUAGUCAUUUUAUUAACAUGGCACAAUCCUGUUCAUCACCAAUAGUCGACGUUCAUGCAAAGCAAGACGUGUCCUUACAUGCUUAUUGCUAUAUUGUUAUCAUCUUUCACAGCACUGUCUGCUCAUUGCUAUAUUGUUAUCAUCUUUCACAGCACUGUCUGCUCAUUGCUAUAUUGUUAUCAUCUUUCACAGCACUGUCUGCUCAUUGCUAUAUUGUUAUCAUCUUUCACAGCACUGUCUGCUCAUUGCUAUAUUGUUAUCAUCUUUCACAGCACUGUCUGCUCACUGCUAUAUUGUUAUCAUCUUUCACAGCACUGUCUGCUCACUGCUAUAUUGUUAUCAUCUUUCACAGCACUGUCUGCUCACUGCUAUAUUGUUAUCAUCUUUCACAGCACUGUCUGCUCAUUGCUAUAUUGUUAUCAUCUUUCACAGCACUGUCUGCUCACUGCUAUAUUGUUAUCAUCUUUCACAGCACUGUCUGCUCAUUGCUAUAUUGUUAUCAUCUUUCACAGCACUGUCUUCUCACUGCUAUAUUGUUAUCAUCUUUCACAGCACUGUCUGCUCACUGCUAUAUUGUUAUCAUCUUUCACAGCACUGUCUGCUCACUGCUAUAUUGUUAUCAUCUUUCACAGCACUGUCUGCUCACUGCUAUAUUGUUAUCAUCUUUCACAGCACUGUCUGCUCACUGCUAUAUUGUUAUCAUCUUUCACAGCACUGUCUGCUCAUUGCUAUAUUGUUAUCAUCUUUCACAGCACUGUCUGCUCACUGCUAUAUUGUUAUCAUCUUUCACAGCACUGUCAAACUAUAGAACAGUUUCUGAACACACGCAUCUUAUGCCAACUACAUUUGCAUUCAUUUGGAAGGUGCAUGAAAGUGCACGUGAAUGUAAUGAAAAGGCCACAUUGGUCAACACUUUCUAAUGUUUUGUGAAUUGUUUUGAAUGUGUAUCUGCUUUUCACUGCCAUCGUACUAUAUGCAUAUAUGUAAUUUUUAUACUUCAAUUAAAUUAAAUCAAGA